AUGCUGAAUACAGCGCUCGAAUGCUGCAAGGAGUUUGGCCUAAAGCUUCACGCAAAAAAGUAUCAGUUCUUCUCCAAGGAUAUGACGUGGUCACUUCCUGUGCUCGGUGAACUGGAUGCGCCAGAGCAUUCCCAAUUCACCCGCAUUGCGGCGAAGCUCUACGACACGCUGGAACGUGCCGCCCAGCGCGCCGGCUCCAGGAAGAAGCUCAAGCCGUCUCGAGUGGUACCCCUUGCGCAUCCAAAAACGAGAGCGGUGUUGGUACUCUACACCGACGCAAGCCAAGAUCACUGGGGCGCGAUUCUCACGCAGCUGGAACCAGGCGGGCUGGCGCUCCCGUUGGGAGAGCAGAAGCACCGGCCGUUGGCGUUUCUGAGCUGUCGCUUUGCCGGCAUUCCAAGCCUGUGGCCGAUGAUUAAGAAAGAAGCGUUUGCGAUUGUCAAGUCGCUGGGGGUGCUGGCGCACCACUACAAGUCACUCUACGUACCGCGCGACUGGCUGUGA